AUGUCACCUAAAUAUGUAUCAACAACAUCAAAUCUUAUCACUAAGAAAAAUGUCGAAACUGGCUAUUUUUCAACUUCAAAAUCUCGAAUAGUCGAUUAUUCGCAUCUUAACCAACAUGAUCCAGACUUUGACUCAGAUUCAUGUGAUAGUAGUGGUGAAGAAGAUGAAGACACUACUGGAAAUUGCACAGAUAAUGAAGAUUCAACUGAGAAUGACGAGAAUUAUGUAUCUAUAAUAAUCUUUUCAAAGUUAGUUCGACUACAUUUCAAGGAAUGA